AUGCCCAAGUGUAAAGUCUGCGGAGGUGUAAACUUUAUUAAGGAUAUUGCCAACGCAAACAAUGAUACGGUGUGCCAGGACUGUGGUACAGUCGCAGAGGACAAUCCUAUUGUUUCGGAAGUAACUUUUGGAGAAUCCAGCUCGGGAGCUGCAGUCGUUCAUGGUAGUUACGUGGGUGCUGGACAAUCACACGCGGCUUUUGGACCUAGAGGUGGCUCAUCGGCCCUCGAAUCUCGUGAAGCUACCAUCAACAAUGCCCGCAGAAAACUGCGGGCUGUGUCGCACGCUUUGAGCAUCCCAGAGUACGUCACAGAGGCCGCAACACAGUGGUACACGCUAGCAUUGGCCAACAAUUUUGUACAGGGGCGUCGUUCUCAGAACGUUAUCGCUGCUUGUUUGUACAUUGCCUGUAGAAAAGAGAAAACGCACCACAUGCUGAUUGAUUUCUCAUCACGGUUGCAGGUCUCGGUAUACUCUAUUGGCGCGACCUUUUUGAAAAUGGUCAAGGUUCUACAUAUCACGAAUUUGCCGCUGACAGAUCCCUCGUUGUUCAUUCAGCAUUUUGCCGAGAAACUUGAGCUGGGAGAUAAGAAAAUAAAGGUAGUCAAAGACGCAGUUAAGCUCGCGCAGCGUAUGGCCAGAGAUUGGAUGUACGAGGGGCGUCGUCCUGCUGGUAUAGCUGGCGCGUGUCUGCUUCUCGCGUGUCGAAUGAAUAAUCUGCGCAGAACACACUCCGAGGUUGUAGCUGUGUCGCACGUCGCAGAGGAAACGUUACAACAGCGGUUGAACGAAUUCAAAAACACCAAGUCAGGAAAACUCUCCAUCAACGAGUUCCGCGAGGAUGACGAUGAAAGCACGAACAACACGGAAUCUCACCCACCCUCUUUCGAGCGGAACCGACUCAAGGAAAAGAAGCUGCGUCAAAAGAUGAUGGGAAACCAAUUUGAGACCAGCGAAGAAGCUUUGAACAGAAAUCCGAUCUUGUCGCAGGUCCUGGGGGCCCAAGAACUUUCAUCGAGAGAGGUACUGUACUAUCUGAAACAGUUUUCAGAAAGACGAGAGAAAAAUGAGAGCUUAGACCAUACCAAUGGCUCAAGAUCACCAGGCGUGGACAAUGAGAAGGAAAAGAAUGAGACCGGAAACAAUGAGGAACUUUCGAACACUGAAACGAACACCAAAUCGGAACAGCGACAAGGCAGCGAGGAACCGGCAAAUUUCCAAGACGCCAUCGAUGGCUACUCGAUCGAAACCGAUCCCCACCGUCCGAGAAACUUGCAUUUGCUACCUACCACUUCCUCGCUACUGGCGAAAGUUGCUGAUGACCCCGAGGAUCUACAAGACGUGGACGACGAGGAGCUGGAAUCACAACUUCUCGACGAGGAGGCAUCUCAGCUCAAGGAACGGAUUUGGAUAGGUAUCAACGGCGAUUUUUUGCUGCAACAAGAAUCCAACAGGCUCAAACAAGAAGCAGAUCUGGCAUCUGGAAAUGCCUCUGCCAAAAAGCGCGGCACGACUCGUCGCAAGCGGAAGCCUGCCUCCGACGCAGAGGGUGUUUUGGCUGAUUUGAAGGACGACUCAGGGCUGCAGGCUGCUUUGAAGCUCGCUGAAGACAGCGGUGACUUGACCACAGCCGACAACGUGAAGAAUAUGAUCCAAAAGUCUAGUUUUUCCAAGAAAAUCAACUACAACGCCAUCGAUGGGCUAUUCGGUGGCGCGUAA